GUAGCUUAUAUAAAGCUAAUAAACUACCUCACUUACUCCAUAUCUUUCCUCUCUUUUGUACACUACAAAAGGCUACACAACUGAUCUCUUCUCUCAAUUUCAUAGACAAAAACAAACACGAUGAAUAGUUGUGGUAACGCUUAUUGUCAUGGUGGUCCGUGCAGUUGCAAUUUGUAUUACGGUCAUGAAAAUAACGCAUACUCAAUGUUCUAUAGUACUCAUCAUGAGUAUCAAAAAGAUGAAAAUUAUUCCGAAAACAUGUAUUCCUUCGCUUCUUCUCCUUCUUCUUCUUCGUCUUCCGUUGAUUGUACUCUCUCCUUAGGUACACCUUCCACUCGUCUUAGUACUACCAAUGAUGAAAAGCGAGUUCAUGAUGAACAACGUCGCUCUUCUUCUUCUUACAUGUCAAAAUGUUGGAAUAUUCUACAGAACAAAAAUCAUACUUCAUCGACUCAUCAUCACAAAUCCGGCCGUGGUAGUAACAACGUUAAUUCAGGCAGCAACAACGCUGACCCACUUGUUGCCCGUCGAUGUGCUAAUUGUGACACUACUUCAACACCUUUAUGGAGAAAUGGUCCUAGAGGACCUAAGUCACUUUGUAAUGCGUGUGGGAUUCGAUUUAAAAAAGAAGAGAGGAGAGCUAGUGCAGCAGCCGCGGCUAAUGGUAACGCGGGUGGAAUCGGAAUGGAGAGCAGUACACAACAUACGAUAAACGGAUCGUGGGCUCAUAAUUCACAAGGACAGAAAAUGCCGUGUUACACAUCAGCUUAUGGAAAUCACGAAUUUAGGUUUAUUGAAGAUCAUGAUGAUCGUGAUUCUGAUAAUGCAAUUUCAUUUUGGCCAUUUUUAGCAUCUCAGCAUUGUUGAUUAGACAAGAAAAGAAAAAAAAAAAAAGGAAAAGAAGAUUAUGAUAUGAUGAUG